AUGAAUUGGGUGGCAUUUUUGUUUUCAACAUUUCAACAAUCCUCAAGUUUGAUAGAACGAAGAAGACUAGUUAGAAUGCUCGAAGACAUCUUGUUUGAAAUCCUUGCAAGAUUACCUGUGAAAUCUCUUUUGCGGUGCAGAUGUGUUUGCCAAUCUUAG